ACAAACGUUUCAUUCUUUUAAUUUUUUAUACCAACCUCCACUUAUCCAAGGCUUCCAGAAUCGAAACAAUACGUGAUGGCAAACUUACGUCUUACAAAUAUUUCUCAUUUUUUGAUCUGGAUCGUUCUCAAAUAAAUUAUACUCGUCUCUUUUAUGUUGGGUACUCCCUUUUUUUGCAGGAGUGGCUUAUCGCUAUAUACAAGGCUUUACAUGUUGCAAACAACUUGACAUUGCCAACUGAAAUAACGAAAGAUGGUUGGAAGGUGGAUAUUUUUGGGAAAGGGACUGAUCCUAAUCGUUACAGCUACAUAGAUGAGAUGCCAGAAGACUUCCUGAAAGACCUCCCUAAGGACUCACCGAAAACCGCGAAAAAACGCUACUCUAGGUUGCCACCAAUACCAUCAAUAAACAGAACCAAAAGUUUGCCAGCUCGUCCCAUGACACCAAAGAGUAGUUCUAACGACUCGGUGAGCAAUGAUUCUGACGACUCGCCAUCUGACAACUAUGACGACAUUCUAAUGGAGCCACCAACCACGAAGCCCGAGCCACCGACCGCUAAACCGGGUAAACUAGCUCGGUCUGUGUCUGAGUCAUAUAAAGCUAGACCCCAACCAGCCGUUCCCGUAAAUGAAAGAGACGAAAUAUCGCGCCCGGGUUCGUAUCUCAGUCCUAAAGCUGAGGUGGCUGACUUGCCUCUCUUUGAAGGGAAUUCUCCAAAGGCUAAAAGUGCAAUAAAAGAUGAAGCUGUUGGAACAUUUCUCAUUCGGAAGUCUAAUACGGGUGGCGAUAAAGUCAUGUUUGUAUUGGUUGUCUCAGGUCCUGCUGGUGAAUUACAAUACAGGAUAUACAAAAAGGAAGAAGACAAAAUUUAUCUUGAAGAGAAAACCUACUUUGAGCGACUUUCAGAGCUUGUGGAUCAUUAUAGAAAAAAUGAUCUUCCAUGUCAACGCAAGCUGACAAAACAUUAUGGACACAUGGAAUUAUGAAGCAAAGCAAGAUUACACAGGGGCUUGAAAUAAUUAUUUAGAGCUAAUGCUUUAGUUGAGUAUUUUUAAUCCAAAAAUACAUGCAACAGUAAACUUUUUAUAUUUAGCGGCAAUCAAUUGUCUGUAUCCGCUGGACAACCGAAUAACACAGUAACACCUGUCUGAUUGGCGUAUGAAUAUCCCUCUAAAGUUUUUCCGUUCUUCACUCUUCUGAGCAAUGUUGAAUUUCAAUUUAUUUUCUUGAUUCAUUGAAGAAUGUUCCUGUCUUUGGGGUUUUGUUUGGAAACACUACUCAAUCGUCGCGGAUUUGACUGUUUCAACUCUCUGAUUUAGAAGAACUUUUUACCAUUAUCUCCAUAUCUUCCAUUAUGUGUAUUAUUUAUAAAUUACAAAAUUUAUAUUACUUCAGUAAAACUCGGUUAUAACGAAGUCACAGGGACCAGAGAAAUUACUUCGCUAUAUCCGUAAUUCCUUAUAUCCGUGUAAGGAAUUCAUUAAAUUCAUAUAGCU